AUGGGAGGUCGGGUUGGCCCUGAGAGCCAGCAGCUGUUGCUGCGUCAGGUAGAUGCUUGUGGGCUCUGCAAGAGGACAGGUCAUAAGAUGGCCAACUGCCCUUAUAGAGUGGCCCUUGUCAAUCUACCCCGGCACAGGAAGCCCCUCCUCCCUCUGAGCGGCGUAACGCUUAUCAGACCCAAUUUCCCCCUUGCCCGCGUGACCGUCGACAUGCUAACCGGCCUAUCGCCCCCGCAUCUCCGCGCUGCCCUCGCCAAGAAGCCCGAGGAGCCGCGGGAGGACAUAGAGGAGGAGCCCCAGGAGCGUCUGCAGCGAGAGUGA